CUCUCUCUCUCUCUCCUCUGCACUUCAAAGCUGUACUUGAAAGUGGCUUCUAGAGAAGAGUUGUUGCUCUUUCCGCCUGGUGCUGCCACGCGCCGAGCACCAUCAUCAUCGUCACCAUGCCUCGAGGAUUUUUGGUGAAGAGAAACCGGCGAUGCUCAGCGUCAUACCGGCUGAGGAACAACAGUACCAACAAAGCUGCAACACAUGACGGCGACAGGAGCAGCAGUGACAACCCUGAAAUAAGCAAACCGCAGGUGUCGAAGGAGAACGAUGUGUUGAGUGUCUUCCCGUUUGAACGGCCGGAUGGACUGCUCCCGGUGUCCCGCGAGGACUCCGCCGGUGUCAGAGAGGCGUGGAGCCCACACAUGGAGUCUGCGCUGGAGGCUGAAGCGGACCGGCGCGCGCAGUUACCGGAGACCGAGGAGCAGGUGAGCGAGGUGGACGUUUUGACUCCUGAUGGAGAUUUCUCCUGCUUCUUCCCACCUCCACCUCCACGCGACCCGACAUUAACGGAGUCUUGCAGUCCCGUGAAACCGGUCGGCACGAGACUGCUGGAGCAGCAAGAGGAAGGAGAGAAGCAACUGUUGUUUCCCGGCAGGUGCCUGACAUCGUCCCCGGUGUCGGAGUUACCGGAGCUGCCGUUCCUGGUGAGCUCCACUCAAACCUCGGUGUCCGCUUCCAUCGAGAGGCUUCUCGCGAGCAGCAGCCGCCACCAUACGCCAUCCUACGGUCACAAUGACAAAUAUGACCCGAGUAUGACUCACGUGCACUUGUUCCCGCCACUGACGCUGAUGAACCAGGAUCAGCAUCACACGGGGAGAAAACACUCGUACCUUGAAACGGAUCAACGAUUGAACAGCAACAGACACCACAAACAAUCAGCGGGAAAUCCGUCAAAGAAACCCAAAGUAAACCGGAAACUCAACUUCGAGGAUGAGGUCACGACCUCGCCGGUUUUGGGUCUGCGGAUCAAGAAGGAGAGCCCCGAGCUGAGGAGACAGCGGGAGAAGUCGUCUGCUCCCACCGGGAAUCAACCGCUGGGAGAAUUCAUCUGUCAGCUCUGUAAAGAGGAGUACCCGGACCCUUUCUCCCUCGCGCAGCACAAGUGCUCUCGCAUAGUGCGCGUGGAGUACCGGUGUCCCGAGUGCGACAAAGUCUUCAGCUGCCCCGCCAACUUGGCCUCCCACCGCCGUUGGCACAAACCCCGUCCGGUAAACAACCAAGGAGCAGAGACAAACAAGAGCCAGCCGUUAAAAGAGGCACGAGGGCUCAUUCAGCACGAGAGGCAGCCGUUGGAGAUGGAGGGCAAAGAGAACGAGCUGCUGCGCAUUAACACGAAUCAGCACCACAGAGCGCUGGACAGCUCCCGCGUCAGGCGUGAGCCGUCCCUGCUCCUGCUUCACGGUCGGUCUCGUGACAGCCCCGACAACGACAGCCUCGCGCCUCCUCACUAUGAUUCCUCGCCUCAUUACCGUAACCCGGGGGAGAGCUGUCUGGAUCUGCAGCAGCAGGUGAGAGCGGCGGACAGCCCACCGUCCAGUCUCCUGCUGCUGAAUGGCAACCCAGAAGAGCGCGCGGAGCUGCCCCAGCAGCAGCCACCGUCACUCUCUCAUCCUCCUUUGCCGUUUGUCCAGUCGUUACCGGAGGAGGAAGUGUACGAGUGCCGGUACUGUGGGAAGAAAUUCCGCCGACAGGCUUACCUCAAGAAACACCUGGCCGCACACGAGAUGACAGCAGCAGCGUCUCCGCCCCCACCAUCUUAUGGUCAGGCGCGCGAGAACAGCGGCGGACAGAGCCAAGUGUUCCUGUGUCACCUGUGCGGCGCGCGCUUCCCGUCGGUUGAAAUCAGGGACAAGCACCGUCUGUGGCACGCGAUGAGGGACGAGUUGUUGGCGGGAACACUGGGAGGAGGACUCAGGCCAGACGUUUUCCACGCGCACAGAGAGGAGAGCGGCACUGGGGAAUGCGAGCAGCAGCAGCAGCAGCAACAACAGAUCUUUACUUGUAAACACUGUCCGUCCACGUUCUUCAGCUCCCCGGGGCUCACGAGACACAUCAACAAGUCUCAUCCCACCGAGAACCGGCAGGUGAUGCUGCUGCAGAUGACCGUGCGGCCGUAGAUACAGACACUGAAGCAAACAGAUUGAUAAGUCAUCGAUUGCCGUUACGGGGAAACUAUUAAGUAGUUGUUUUCAUUCACACUCAUGUCGACAUUUAUAUUGGCUCUGGUUCUGUUGUAAUUUCGGCCUGUUUGUUUCAGUUGUGGUUUAAAGACAAAAAGUAUAUCAUUAGUGUAACAGGAUACGGAUUGAGUCACUGUGCCUUUGUUUCAAGAUCAGUAUGCAAUCUGACUUGUAAGUUGUUUCACAAUGGUCCACAUGCUGACACUAUAAAAUUAAAUAUAACACUGAUAGUUAAACUGCAACUGUCCAUAGUGCUGAAACUAAAUAAAUAACUCAGUGAAAACAAAUUAACCAAACCCAUGGUACCCAUGUCCAUGAUACUGAAACCAUAUCUGCAAACAAAAGUGAACAAGCAGGGUUGUAAUAUUAUCAUGAGUGAACCUAUCUUGCUUUGCUAGAAAAAAAAGGGAUAUUUCCAUUCACUGGACAGUCAACAGAUUUUGGAUGCUCCUUGAUAAAGUAAAAGCAGGAUUAUUAUAUGAUAAACAUUUUAAACUGGAGGGAAAUUAAACCGUCCUUUAUUCAAAUUUCUUUUGUUGAAAUCCUUUGAUAACUAUCUCAGUAUUUAAUUUGUUGUUACACGGAUUAGUCCAUCACACAAUCAUAAAUCAGACACUUUGUAUAUUUGUAAUCUGUACUGAGAGAGCCAUCUCUUUUCAGCUUCUCUCGCUCCGUCUCAUAAUAAACCUUUGCUCUGUAAAUGAUUUGACAUUAAAACUCAACUGUGACAACUGAGCGAAUGCGACAUGCUGAAAUUUGACAGAAUUUUGAUCAUGACUACAGAAAGUAGGAAUACUGUUACAUAUAUACUAAAGCAAUGAAUAACACAGCUCUCGCUACAUGCGGCAGAUGUUUAAGCUCAUGUUCUACAUAUUUCUGUGGCAAAGUAAUCAGAUUACACUGAUGUUAAGAGGCAGUGCAGUGGGUUACAUUACUGACUGGUGUAAUAAGUUAAGCAGAGCCAGACCAUAAUCAGUGACCUGUGAUCGCAUUUUAGAAAGUGACCUUCCGUAACCUGAAAACUGGAGACAGAAUCAAUGUCCUAACUCUAUUUCAUGUACAGUGAACGAUAAAAAACAGUAACACACAAAGAGAAAAUAAUCAGAUCAUCAGACAGAAUAUGCCUUUUAUAGUAAAUGUGCCGGUUAACCUAUCAGCUAUAAAAUAUUUUCAUACAGAAAUGGAACAUUUAAUGUUAGUACUGCUAGUAAAAAUGUCUUUUGUGUUCAAUGAUUAUAAAAUACUGUUCAAAUAUUUGCUAAAUGCCUUCAUGAUGCUAAAAUGUAAUUGUGGUUCUCAGAAGCCUAGUACUAUUUUGAUAUGUUUGAAGUUGAAUGUGAAAUUUAUUCAAAAUUAUUGUCAAUAAAUGGUAAUACAGUA